AUGGUGUUAAAAUGGAUCUAUUCAUUGUUUGGGACGUGGAUAAUUGUGGACAACGAUUUCCGGACGCAGAGAUCAAGUUUGUGGGAGGAGGUUCGGGCGGUGUCGCGUGAGUACAUGCACCCCCAAGUGCCGCGUGUAGCGUUAGAGGGUGUGCUUCCGCCGGGUCAAUUUCAGGAUUUGGUGUCGAGUGGAGAGAGUGGUAUUUUGAAGAUCGAGAUAGGUGGAAAAAGCACAGCUCAGUCUUGCCCUGCCGUCGAGGAAGAGGUGCAGCGGGUGGUGUGGGACGAGUCGGAGGAUCCCGGGUGGGAUACGGUGCGGACGAUCGCCUUGCGUAAGGGGUGUACGGUGUGUGUGCUGGUGAAGAACAAACACGACCGGUUGGGACUGUACCACUUCGUGAGCAAACAGGACGUGGCGGAACGACCACUGGUGGUUGCACGGGCGCAGCUGAGAUUUAGCCAACUCAAAAUACUGGUCGCACAAGCCUGCCGACGCCCACUCGCAAUCGCACGUAGCGUCCGUCUGGACAACCGACUACCACCACGCACCUACGAACUAGAUCCCUUAACCCAACUAGCACAGGAACUCGAAGCAGACCCCACCCUCGGACACGACCCAUGGACACGUCUCCAACAAGCCGGAGCCGCCUCCUUCGCAUCCUGCGUCGCCCGAGGCAACUUCGACAGCAAAAUACUAGAACCUUGA